UAGAAUCCACUUGCCUACUCGCAGUGAGGCGACUGACUUAUCAUUUCUUUUCUCCCGAUUGCAAUCGUUGCGACCCUCAGUGAGAGGUUCAGAUUUUCCUCCAACAUGUGGGAAGAACUAAAGCGUGUUCUUCUCCAGAUUGCCAUAUUUUGGACAUGUGCUUCAGCCAGCAAGUGUGCUCCCGGGUGGCUGGACCACGGCACCAACUGCUACAAGAAGGUGGUGGCGCCCAACGGUUGGCUGGGGGCCUGGCACCACUGCGUCGGGAUGGGCGGCAACCUGCUCUCCAUCACCUCCUCGGCCGAGGAGGACUUUGUGAAGGACACCAUGGGCAACACCCGCUUCUGGCUGGGACUCUCCAACCAGAAAUGCGACGACGUCUGGUGUCGCUUUGUAGCCGGAAGCCAGGAGCUGAUCUGGUCUGAUGGCGAGACAACGACAUACACCAACUGGGCCUCAGACCAAUUUAAAAGCGCCGAAGUCGCGUCCUGCGCCUACGUCAACCAAGGAGCUUAUCUUUUGCGUGGGAAGUGGAGGUCUGGCUCCUGCGCUUCCUCGUUGGGCUACAUGUGCAAACAGCCGCAGAGCUGCCCGGAGGGACCGUGUACCUCCAAUAAUGUUCCUGCUGUAAUGAAGACUUCCGACUGCGACGAUGGCAACUUCCUUUACGGCGAUGAUUGCUAUCUUUUUGACCCGACACGUAGAACUUGGGAGGAUGGCGAGGAGUUUUGUCUCGCCCGGCAAGGCCACCUGGCGAGCAUACACUCUGAGCGAGAUGCCCGAUUCAUUAUUGAUCACAUAAUUUACUCGUCGAACACAUGGGUGGGAGAAAAGAAGAAGGGCAACAACUACGAGUGGACUGACGGAACAGCUUCUGACUACGGAAAAAUGUCCCACUCCUCCUCUGCCGAGCGCCGAGGGCCUCCACAGCUGCCACCAUUAGUCGGCCAGCCGGAAUGGACUCAGAAAUGCGGCUGGUGGCAUAACAACCCAACCAACGACUUCUGCUACCUGAUGAUCCGCCACCCCACCAAGACCUGGAAGGAGGCGCAAGACGACUGCCAACGCCUCCAAGGGAACCUGCUCAGCAUCACCGACGAACAUGAGCAGACCUUUGUACAUGGUUACUUCACGGGACUGAUGAAAGCAUCCCCUCUGUGGUUGGGCGCCAAUGUCCCCAUCAAUGACGAAGGCAGCAAGUGGGCUGACGGAGCCUCGGUCACUUACGGCCGCUCGACUUCAGGUACCCCCGAUGGAAAUUGUCUUUCCUUCCUCACUGGCAACGGCAACUGGCACUACGACUCGUGCAACAAGAAGAGAGGUUACGUCUGCAAGAAAAGAGGAAAUGGUAAGUGAGAGGCAGCACCCCACCAACUCAUCGCCCCUUGACAUCUGUCUGUGCCUUGAUGUCUCUCUUCCUUUCCUCUUGCAGUAAACCCU